ACUUGCCUCAACAAAAUAAAACGCUUGUAUUUCGAGUGAUCGCGAUGCCUUCGGUCGAAGAAAUGAGCUCUUCCUUUCAGCCCCAUUUGGAAUGCCCUUCGUGUUAUACCAAGCUUGUCCCAGAAAAUGGAGUACUGUGUAGUGGUAUUUACAAUGGCAAAUGUAAAAGCUGCAACAAGGAUGUGGAGUUUUGGUCCGUUCCUACUCCUGUCAAUGAGGUCAGUUUCACACUAAAUGGAACACAGCAUAAAGUUACCAAUCCUGACCCAGGAAUGAGUUUGAAUGAGUGGAUCAGAAAUCAGCCUGGAUUACAAGGAACAAAGGUGAUGUGUCGUGAAGCUGGCUGUGGUUGUUGUGUGGUGUCAGUCACAAGGCAUGAUCUGAGUGUUGGAAAAGAUGUCACUGUAGCUGUCAACUCUUGUCUAUUUCCUUUAUGUGGUGUAAAUGAUGGCAAAGUUACAACAAUUGAAGGAAUUGGAAAUCGUUUUGAUGGAUUCAAUCCCAUCCAGGAGAGAUUAGCAGAACAUAAUGGCAGCCAGUGUGGUUAUUGUUCACCAGGAUUUGUUAUGAACAUGUACAGUUUGUUGCAGGAGAAUCCCAGUCCAUCCAAACAACAGAUUGAAGAUAACUUUGAUGGAAAUAUCUGUCGCUGCACAGGCUACAGACCAAUUUUGGAUGCAAUGAAAACAUUUGCAAAGUCUGAAAAUCCAAUAGACAUUGAGGAAAUAACCAAGUGUCCAGGUGUCUGUGGCAAUGGAGGUCUCAAUUGUACAAGGAAAUGUCUCACAACAUCUGUUUAUGAAGUUAGUGGUGUACUUUGGUACUCUCCAACAACACUGACUGAUCUGUACACACUCAUGUCAAAGCACAAAAACAACAAGAUCAGGCUUGUGGCUGGAAAUUCUGGAAAAGGUAUUUACAAAAAUGAUGGUCCUUUUGAUGUAAUGAUCGACAUUACAAAAAUCGAGAAACUCCACACCAUACCAAGUGUAACUGAGGUACCCAAUGGUGAUCUUGUCAUUGGUGCUGCUGUUUCCCUGAACACUCUCAUAAAUGUGCUGGAUAACCAAGCUGAGAAGAUGUCUGGUUACAAAGUGUUAGCUGAUCAUGUGCGCAAGGUGGCCAAUGUUCCUGUUCGGAACGUUGCCAGUAUUGCUGGGAAUUUGAUGUUAACUCAUGAUCAUCCUGAUUUCCCAUCUGACAUUUUCACCAUCCUUGAGGCUGCUGGUGCAAGGCUGAUUAUUGCUGACAGUUCAACAGCAAGUGAAACUCAGUAUUCGCUUAUGCAGUUCCUUUCUUUGGAUAUGACUAGCAAGGUAAUCUUGGCAGUCUUGUUACCUAUAUUUACAAGUGACUACAUCAUUUGCACCUACAAAGUUAUGCCAAGAUCACAGAAUGCACAUGCUUAUGUGAAUGCUGGGUUUGUAGCAAAAGUUGACAAGAGUACAAUGACUUUAAGUGCUGUCAGGAUUGUCUAUGGUGGAAUUGAGCCGCAUGCAAUGCACCCUUUCAAAACAGAAUCUUUCUUGGUUGGUAAAACACUUACUGAGCAGGCUACUCUUGCAGAGGCUUUGACUACACUUGGAGAGGAGAUUAUCCCUGAUUCUCCUCCUGCAGGUGCAAGCAAGGAAUACCGCAAAUCACUAGCUCUUGGCUUGUUUUACAAGUUCUAUUUGACAGUUUUGGGUGACAAAGCAUCAGCCAGGGUUAAGUCUGCAGCAGUGCCUUUUAUUCGUCCAGUAUCAUCUGGCACUCAGGACUAUGACACACAAAAGAAGGAAUAUCCGUUGACGAAACCAAUGACUAAACUGGCUGCCAAGCUGCAGACAUCUGGUGAAGCUCAGUACAUAUCAGACAUUCCCAUGCAAGGUGGGGAACUUCAUGCAGCCUUUGUCAUAAGCACACAGGGAAACUGCAAGAUUGAUUCCUAUGAUGCAUCAGAGGCCUUGAAAAUGCCUGGAGUUGUCAAAUUCAUCACAGCAGCAGAUAUUCCUAAAGGUGGCAUUAACAAUUUCACACCAACAUCUUUUGGUUUAGCAGUUGAAGAGAUAUUUAGUUCAGGAAAUGUUUCAUAUGCUGGGCAAGCCUUAGGAGCUAUAAUUGCUGAUACUCAGCGGCAUGCAGAUGAAGCAGCCAAAGCUGUUAAAGUGACAUACAAAGAUCAAGAACCUCCCUUACUCACUAUUGACGAAGCAGUGGCUGCAGAGUCCUUCUUUGAUCCCCAGGCCAAGACAAUUACUAAAGGAGAUGCUGAAACUGCAAUAAAAAAUUCACCACACGUCAUACAAGGGGCGGUAUCUACUGGACACCAGUACCACUUUCAUAUGGAAACUCAGGCUGCACUAUGUGUCCCUGAAGAGGAUGGUAUGACUGUCCACUGCCCUACACAGUGGGUAGACCUUACUCAGGCAGCUGUGGCACAGACCCUCAAUUAUCCAGUCCAAAGUGUUAAUUUGAGUGUUAAGAGAUGUGGAGGUGCAUAUGGAGCAAGAAUCACUGGAGCCAAUCAUGUUGCUACAGCAUGUGCCAUAGCUGCGUAUGUCACAAAGAGACCAGUUCGGAUGAGGUUGAAUCUUAGUACCAAUAUGGAAAUGGUUGGAGUAAGAGAACCUUACAAAGCAACUUAUAAGGCGGGUGUGGGAAGUGAUGGCAAGUUGAAUGGCAUUGAUGUUAACUUGUAUGCUGACUGUGGCAGCACACCCAAUGCUAUUGAUGUAGGUACAGCACAAUCCUGGGUUGACAACGCGUACUUUUGUGACAACUGGAAGAUUGUCCCAUAUGCCACCCACACUAACACCGCAAGCAACACGUGGUGUCGUGCACCAGCUUCUACACAAGCAGUGUUUAUAAUCGAGACAAUUAUGGAACAUGUUGCUAAAGAACUAAAACUGACACCAGAAGUUGUGAGAAAAGUGAAUUUAUACAAGAAUGGAGAGAAAACUCAGAUGGGUCAGACGCUGAAAUAUUGCAACUUGGACACCCUGUGGAAAAAUAUUCUUGUUUCAAGUGACUUCCAGACUAGAAAAACUGCUAUUGAUACUUUCAACAAGAAUAAUCGCUGGCGAAAACGUGGAAUCAGUGUUGUCCCUCUCAAAUAUGGUAUAGCGUAUUUUGGUUCCCAGUUUACAGCAAUGAUAUCAAUAUAUCAUGCAGAUGGCACAAUUGCCAUUUCUCAUGGAGGUAUUGAAGUAGGCCAAGGAAUCAACACCAAGGUAGCCCAAGUUGUAGCAUACCAGCUGAAAUGUCCUCUGGAUAAAAUUGCGAUCAAACCUACGUCAGCAUUCAGCAAUCCAAACAGUGGUGCAACAGGUGGAAGUAUUACUAGUGAAUUGUGUUGUAAGACUGUUCUUGGCUGUUGUGAUAUCCUCAACAAAGUAAUUGAUCCUGUGAGGAAGACUAUGCCAUCAGCCUCUUGGGCUGAAAUCAUCGCCAAAUGUUUUGCAAAUGGUGCUGAUUUGUCAGCCAAAUACAGGUACCAAGCCCCUAGCAGUGAGAUGGUUAAUUACAAUAUUUAUGGGGCAACAUGUGUGGAAGUUGAGGUGGAUGUUCUAACUGGGGAAAGAGAGAUAAUUCGUGCAGACAUACUUGAGGACUGUGGACAAAGCAUGAACCCUGAAAUUGAUGUUGGGCAAGUGGAGGGUGCUUUUGUGAUGGGACUGGGUUUGUGGUUGACAGAGAAAUUCAUAUAUGAUACUAAAACUGGACAAAACCUGACAAAUGGAACAUGGGAAUACAAGCCAGCAUGUUCCAAGGAUAUACCAAUUGAAUUUAAUGUGACUCUACUGAAGAAUGCUCCUAAUCCACUUGGAAUUCUUAGGUCAAAAGCUGUGGGAGAGCCACCUUUGUGCAUGUCCUGCGCUUGUCUGUUUGCUGUAAAACAUGCAGUUGAAGAGGCCCGGGCUGAGAUUGGUCAAGGAGCUGAUUACUUCGUAAUGAAUGCACCCUCCAUGGUGGAAGACACACAGCUAGCAUGCCUUGUGGAGCCUAGUCAGUUCAGCUUAUAAACAAGCACUUCUUAGCACCUUGUAUUGUGAUGGACCUAAGUUUCACUUUGUAAAAUGUUAGUAGAGGCGACAAUCAUAAAAUUUAUAUCAAAUCCAAAUUUUAUAUAGCUGUUAGUCUGCUGAUUGGCUGUCAGCUAGUCUAUAGCUUCUUUGAUAAACAAAGAAAAAAUUAAUGAACAAUUAGUUUGUUAGCUUGAGAUUUCUAUUCCUUGAUGGCUGAUAAGGGAAAAGUUUAAAACAGCUGUCAUGCAUAGAAAUUUUAGCAACUUAUCUAGGCUUCUCAUUUAUCCCACUAUCUUUCAGUGAACAGACAGGUAGUACAAUGACCAAUCAGGUUGUAGCAUCUGUGAUAGAACUCUCGGCCAAUAUAUAAACUACCAAUCAGUUUUGAACAGUAUAUUAACUCCAAGAAUAGUAGCUCCAGCUUAACAUGUGACCAUAUUAUGAAGAACUAGAGGCCAUGAAUUCAUCUUGUAGGAGUCUAUUUUGGGCAAAAAAUAAUAUGUUGUUGGUAAGAUUAAGAAAAAAAGAUAGAAGUACCCAAUGGUAGGGUAUUGUUUACAGGGCUCAUUGUAAAAAAAAAGAUGAUCUAGAAAAAUAAUUGAUGUUGGACUCACAUAUCUUAUAGUCUAUACUCCUUUUCAUUGGAUAUUUGGAUAGUAACGUGUUCAAAAGUACAUGAUAUUUAGUGUUUAAAUCAGUACAUACUAGUAUAGUUUUUGUUUCAAUCAGAAGUUAUAUCAACUAACCAACUGUUAUACAGUACAACUAAAUCAAAUUGACAAUACGAUAUACGUGUAGCUCUAUUGCUAUGGAAAUCAAUAUACACCACAAAAUGACAGGGUCUACUGCAGUACAAAAUAUGAGAUUAGCAAAGGCCUUUGUAACAAAAUAGUUCUAAAAGGAAGCCUGCAUCAACCUGUAACCAACUGAACUUAUUUUGGAAAUGAACACAAUCCAUUUUCACAAAUAUGCUAAUUAUUACUAUUAUUUUUUUGUCUGGCUUCAGAUAAAACUCUUGCUGCAUGAUGAGUAAAAUAUAACUUUUCCAAACAAUAUCAAUAUAUUAUCCUGCAAUAGUACAAUAGCUGAUGAACUUAUCAUCCAGAGUAUGUUUAAAACAAUAAUAGCCAUAUUCUCAUAACUGA